AUGCCUGAGUCUCCUCUCAGUCCCAAGGCAGCCCGUCAAACUCCAGCCGCCAGCAGCCUGCUCAGUCACACAGACAACAGUGCGGCAGAGAGGGUUGCUAAUGGGGACUCCUGCCGUGGAGUGAGUGGUGAAAACUGGCAUAGUCUCCACCAUAAACAGGUGUGCCUGGCGAUGAUGGCUCCUCGGCAGAUUCAACAGCUGCUCUCUCCAAACCAGCUUCAGGCUCUGAUCCACCACAAGCAACAAGCUCUUCUGCUCCAACAGCAACAUCUGAAAGAGUUUUACAAGACUCAACAACAAAAGAUUCACCUGCAGCUGCUUCAACAGCAACCCAGCAAGAAAGUCAAGGAGGCAAUGGGUUUCAGCCCAGCAGAGUUGCAGCAGAUAUGGAAGGAGCUGACAAAUGGAUUAACUGAAGAUAAAACCACGAUCAAGAGCAGUUAUGACUCUUCCACUAACGACACCAGGUCAACACAAGUCAGGGGGAGACAGGCCGAUGUCCAGCCGUCUCCCUCUCCUCGCAGGACCGAAUGUGCUGAUCGUGCCGCCUCACAUGUUCUCUACAGUCACGGUGUGUGUAACUGGCCCGGAUGCGAGACCGCGUGUGACAACUUGAACCAGUUCAUCAGGCACAUAGGCAGUGAACACACUCUGGACGACAGGAGCACAGCUCAGUGCAGAGUCCAGAUGCAGGUGGUUCAGCAGCUGGAGCUUCAGCUCUGCAAAGAGCAGCAGCGUCUGCGGGCGAUGACGGCUCACCUGCAUCUGCCCUCUCCAGAAGCUCAGUCGCUGUCUGCAGCCGCCGGUCAACAGUUGCCUGAUAUGACUGAUAUGGCUGCUGACCCACGAGCUCCACAGCUCGGUGCCGUCGCCAGCGACCUGACCUCGCUGAGCCCGUCGGACGGGGCACAAGUCUCACCGCUCCAGUCCCUGGGUCCUGUCAGCUCUCCAUCCCAGUGCUGUGAGGAGGAGACGCCCACUCACACAGGAUGUGCCGGGGCCAUGAGACGUCGUCAGCACCCGCUGGUCUACUCGCUGUCCUCGGAAAAUGAGUAUGAGCUUUACAAGAACAGUGACAUCAGACCACCGUUCACCUACGCAACACUGAUAAGACAGGCGAUUAUGGAGGCACCAGACAUGCAGCUGACGCUCAAUGAGAUCUACAACUGGUUCACACGGACGUUCGCUUAUUUCAGACGCAACGCUGCCACUUGGAAGAACGCUGUGCGCCACAACCUGAGUCUGCACAAGUGCUUUGUGCGGGUGGAGAAUGUGAAAGGUGCCGUGUGGACGGUGGAUGAGGUGGAAUUCCAGAGGAGGAGAUCCCAGAAGAUCACAGGGAGUCCAUCACUUAUUAAGAAUGUGACCUCGAACCUUGCUUUGGGUGCAGCUCUGACUGCCAGUUUACAGACAGCGCUGGCUGACACAUCACUGCCAGGAUUCACAAAGGAAAGUGUGAGCAGGAACUCCAGGAGUCAAACACAGGAGAGCAGCAGCCACAAUCACCAAAACAUCUCUCUACGUGUCCAGCAGUGUCUUUUCCUCAAAGACGAAACAAUGAAUCUGGAUGAACCAGAACGUCAGAUGGCGACGGCGAAACCAGUCACUCUGCAGCAUGGCAUGACUGGGAAUGACCAGGAGCACUUGCUCGACCUCAAAUGA